ACCGCUUGUUGUACGCUGCGAGGCGCCUUCAGUCAAUUUUUGUCAGCGUUUGAAAAGAUACGCUAUAGCAUUAGAUAACAUGUGGCUCAGACUCGUCAUUCUCGCCGGCUGCAUAUUCUCAGUGGUCUUCGCUGGCCACCACAGAAAUCAUGGAGGCCAUUCAUCAACAGCUCGCCAUCAGGAUGACUAUGGGAACUAUGAGUUCAAGUACGCCAUCAACGACGGCUAUGGAAACGUGAAUGGACGUCAGGAGAAGGGUUCACACGGUCACAUUGUCGGAUCGUAUUAUCUGGGUGAAAUUGACGGACGCCAUCGCAGCGUUCAGUAUCAGGCUGAUAAACUCGGCUUCAGAGCCACCAUCAAGACGAAUGAGCCUGGCACGAAGACUAGCGAGCCCGCAUUUGCCCCAUAUAUUAAUACUGAUUUCGCAAAGUCAAUACCUUCGGGAGCAAUCCACGCAGCUCAUGGACACCAUGGAUAUGGACAUUACUAAAAGAUUUUUUUUGCUAGAUGUCAGACGAUUUGAAAUUUCAAGCAUCCCUAACUUUUGUUCUAAACUAUGGUUCCAUGUUUCUGCUUGCUACGCUAGAAUCUAGUCUUUCGUUAAGCUUCACUACUAUCUAUGAUCUCCAUUGCGUUGUAUGAAGCAAGGUGAUACUUACAUUUAUCCGACUGUAUAUAUUUUUGUAAAUAAAUUCUAUAAUUUCGUGCUUUAUAUCUUGAGUUUAGUUUUUCUUAAAUGCGGAAGAAUAUAUUUCGCCUUAAUUCCACAAUAAUUGAACGAAACGUUAAUUACUAGGAA